UGUAGGACCUUGUCCCGUUGAGAAAAUUGUCUUUGAUUAGAAGUUAUUCCGAUGAUUAUUCCGGUGCGUUGUUUCACUUGUGGCAAGGUCAUUGGAAACAAAUAUGAACAGUAUGUGAAAUUACUUAACGACAAAGACUAUACCGAGUGCCAAGCCUUGGACGAGUUGGGACUGAAGCGAUAUUGCUGUAGGAGAAUGCUUCUAACCCAUGUAGACCUCAUAGAAAAGCUUCUUGCAUAUAACAUUGCUGACAGAAUGGCUGGAAUGUCUUGAACAACUUGUGAGAGUGCGACUUGCUAUUUUAUACGAAACUUUUUGUUCCCCAACAGCAACCUCAUUUCUAUGUGUAGUUGACAUAAAAACGGCUCCAAGGUUGCUCUGCAUGAUCUACAAUACUUAAAAUAGCGCGCGAGAAGCAUUGUAAGGUCCGCUGGUAGAGCUUAUUUUAGCGUGACUGAGUCGCGACAGUUGCCAUAGCUGGGACACUGUGCUUUUCGCCUUCACGCCCUUUUGACACAGAAGAAACUGCCCUACUUGGCUAGUUUAAAUAUGCCAAGGGUUUCAUUCGCUUGGAAUGAAUAGUUCCAAACAAGCGCUAACACGCUACAAAGCAAGUUUCUCCCACUCACUGUGUUGGGAGUCGAGUUUUCCAAGGAACAAGUCUCCAAUCCAUAGAUCAGUAGAAAUGUGAUGUGCACUGUUUAUGUAGAUUCUAAAGUUGGCUUUGCAUAGCUUUGAAGAACCUAAAGAGAGACUUAUCUAGUUAUUAUCUUCCACUGAGUCGCUUUGCUCGAGAGAAAAAUGACGAUUGUCAUAGAAAACUGGACAUCGGAUGCGAGUGUCUUCUAUCCUUUAGUACUCUUUGAAGGAAGGUUUGGACGUUAUUUAAGAAAUAGCAAACUCAUGUA